UUUUUUUUGAACCUCUCUGAAGGUGUGUUCAAUGACUUUGUCACCUGCUGGUUGAUGAACCUAAGGUUUAUCACCUGCUCUUAACACGACUACUUCUUUAUCUUAUGUUUACCUGUGUGUAAGGACAGCGCAUGUGUCAGCCGGGCUCGGGCUGUUUGGCAGCAGAAAUGCCCGGGAAGAAAGGAAAGCGACGCGCCUCCGCAAGCCCCGGCCUUCCCUCUGAGUCAGCUGAGGUUAGCUCCUGCAUGGAGUGUCCGGGCAUUUCACAGAUGAUUGCAGGUGGGUCCACGUGUCCCAGCAUGGUCUCCAUGAAGAGCAACCGAUCCCUGGACAUGCCAACUAACUUUGGUGUCGAGGAGGCCGAAUGUUCACAGAUGAUUGCAGGUGGGUCCACGUGUCCCAGCAUGGUCUCCAUGAAGAGCAACCGAUCCCUGGACAUGCCAACUAACUUUGGUGUCGAGGAGGCCAAAUGGCAGCCGACUGGGAAGCUAUCCAGCUGUUCAGUGUGCAAGGAGGUUUUUAGGGAUCUAGUCCCCUUAAUGUGUGGACGCUGGUCUUGCAAACAGUGCCUCAGGUCAGACCGGGACCAGUCUGUGUCACCAGUAGACUACACCUGCCUGCAGUAUGCAAAGAAACUCAGAAAAGAUCCUGAACACCAGGGAGAUGAUUAUGGUGACAGCCAUCUUCUGAAAACAAAGAAGAAUCAUAAAGAAGCAAUGAAAAAGAAAUGUGCUUUCACAAAUGAAGGUCUUGGUGACCAACAGAGUUCCCUGAGCAGCAUCUACACAGAAGUCUGCAUCACCACUGGGGAGAGCAGAGGGCCACAUGCAGAGCAUGAGUUCAAAGACCUUGAGCUUAUAUGGAAAGUGCAGUCAUCUGACCAUACAGUCAGCCUCAGUGAUAUCUUCAGACCUUUGUCUGGCCAACAGAAACCCCACAGAUUAGUCCUGACGAACGGUGUCGCAGGCAUUGGAAAAUCAUUUGCUGUGCAGAAAUUCGUGUCUGACUGGGCCGAGGAGAAAGCAAACCAGGAUAUUGAUUUUGUUUUCCUCAUUGCUUUCAGAGAGCUAAAUCUGAGUACAGAUAACAAAAGCUUGCACAAGCUCCUGACUGAAUUCCACCCUGCACUCUGCAGUCUGAAAGAUUCAGAGGAUUACGUCACAACCAAGGUUAUAGUUAUCCUGGAUGGCCUGGAUGAAAGCAGACUUGAACUGGACUUUAAGAAUGAUAAGACAGUAACCUCUGUCAGUGAAGUGACAUCCCUGGGUAAUCUCAUAGCAAACCUGAUCCAGGGUAACCUUCUUCCUGAUGCAAAACUCUGGAUAACCUCCCGUCCAUCAGCAGCCAGGCAGAUCCCUGCAAAGUAUAUCAACAUGGUGACAGAGAUAAGAGGGUUCAAUGAGCCACAAAAAGAGGAAUACUUCAGGAAGAAAAUUAGUCAUAACAAGAGUCUUGCUGACAAGAUCAUUUCACAUAUCCAGUCUUCACAGAGUCUCAGCAUCAUGUGCAAGAUCCCGAUCUUCUGCUGGAUUUCUGCUGUAUUAUUCGAAGAGGUCUUUAAGGGAGAUGAAAAAGAUGUAAUUCCUCAAACUCUGACAGAGAUGAUGGCACAUUUCCUGUUUGUUCAGACAAAAUGCAGAAGCAGGAAAUACAACAAGAAAACAGAGAAAAACACAGAGAGGCCUCUGAAGACAUACAAAGAAUUUCUUCUGAAACUUGGCAAGCUUGCAUUUGUUCAUCUGCAGAAGAACAGCCUAAUCUUCUAUGAGGAAGACCUGGAAGCCUGUGGCAUUGACAUAAAAGAAGCAUCUAUCUACUCUGGAGUUUGCACCUCAGUUCUCAGUGAAGAAAAAGUCUUUUUUCAGAAAAAUGUUUUCUUCUUUGUUCAUCUGACCAUACAGGAGUUCUUUGCAGCUCUCUAUGUCUAUGAGUGUUUAACAAACAAAAAUAAAACAGAGCUCGGCAACUUCCUCAAUGUGAAGGACAAAGAACAUACUUUACUUGAUCUUCUAAAGAUGAUAGUUGACAAAGUGCUCGAGAAGAACAACGGUCACCUGUCCUUCUUUUUGCAAAUGCUCCUUGGCCUCAUUGUUGAAUCAAACCGGAGAGUCCUUCAGGGUCUGCUGACGUCGCCCGACCCAGGCAUAGAUACCGACAAGAAAAUCUUGACUUACCUCAAAUCCAUCCGAAGAAAGGCCCUCUCUCCAGAAAGUUGCAUCCGCCUCUUCCGGACCAUGGUUGAGAUGAGAGACCACAAAGUCAAAGAAGAGAUCAAGGAAUAUCUGAUGGGGGGAGAUCAUUUGAGAACUGAGCUGACUCCCUUGCACUGCUCGGCAUUGGCCUACAUGCUGCAGGUAUCAAAGACUGAUCUGGAUAUAUUGGACUUGAAGAGUUACAACACAUCAGAGGAGGGCAGGAGGAGGCUGAUACCAGCAGUGAGGUGCAGCAUAAAAGCCAGACUAGCAGACUGCAAAGUGACUACAGAGUGGGUUGAACACCUGGUCUUUGCUCUCAAGUUCCCCUACUCAUGUCUAAGAGAUCUGGACUUAAGCAACAAUGACCUAAAAGAUUCCGGAGUGAAGCUGCUUUGUGAUGGACUGUCGAGUCAGUGCUGCAAACUGGAGAUACUGAGGUUGUCAGGUUGUUUGGUCACAGAGAUAGGCUGUGAUUUUCUGGCCUCGGCUCUAGAGUUGAACCCUUCCCAUCUGACAGAGCUGGACCUGAGCUACAACCACCUAGGAGACUCAGGAGAGAAGCAUCUCUCUGAAAUGAGGAACGAUCCGCGAUACAAGCUCAGCAUACUGAACGUUGAACACGGUGGAAGUCACCGGAUGAAACUGGGAUUCAAGAAAUAUGCUUGUGAGCUCACUCUGGACCCCAGCACAUCCCACAAGAAGAAGAACCUCCUUCUCUCUGAGGGGAACAGAAAGGUGACCUGGGUGGAAGAGGAGAAGCCAUAUCCCCGUCACCAAGAGAGGUCUGAGCAGUGCCAAAAAGUGCUGUGUGAACAGGGUCUAGAUGGGCGCUGCUACUGGGAGGUCGAAGUGUUGGAGCCCUUCAAAAUUGGGGUAACCUACAGAGACACUGGCAGCAAAGGGGAUGUGAAUGAUUGCAAGCUGGGAUGCGACGAAAAGUCUUGGAGUCUGAUUUGCUCUAAUGAUGGUUGUUUUGCUCUGCACCACACCGAGAGCAUCAGCGUACCUUCCCUCUGCUCGCGCUCCAGUCGGGUGGGAGUGUAUCUGGAUUGGCCAGCUGGCACUCUGUCCUUCUACAGAGUUUUCUCUGACAUUCAGUUACACCUCCAUACCUUCAAGAAUUUGAAAUUCGAUGAACCCCUCUAUCCUGCUGUUGAACUUCACACGCAUUCGUCUGCAUUAUUUUGUUAGCUACCAUGAAUAAACUCUGACUGCAUCCACAGGACCAAACGUAGAUUUGCAUGUAGAUGGUCGGGACAUGUACAAUCUUACUCAUAUUAUUAGCAAUCUAUACUUGUGUCCUUUAAGAAAUCACACAGGAUUAACUUCUGCUUUCCUUUAGUAUCAGGGCUAAGCUAAUUUGCCAGGCUUGCGUGUCUGCAAAAUUGGGAUAUUUUUUCUAAAGGAAAAAGAGCGAUAAAGAGCGAGAGGUAACCUCAUUUUUUAUUGCAAAGACGAUAGGGGAUAUUGUGUCAUUUUGGUUUUUUUUUAAAGGCGUCCAAAUUUAAGUAAAUUGCUAACAAGAAAACAUUUUUUUGUCACUGUUACAGAUGGGCAUGUUACUCGGAUAAAUGACUCAAAAAAUGACUUAUUACUCACUUAGAAAUUAACCACAUUACCAAGAAUUUAACAGGAGCAGUAAUGACAUUAUUUGGGAACUACCGCCAUUGCACAUUCAAAAAUGACUGUUUGUAUCGUCCCAGUUGUACGAAUCACUUGGUUGUGUUGAGUUCAAAGUUAAUAGUCCCUUCACUGCAACGCGGUUGCGUCACCGUUCAAAGACACUUCAGCACGUACGACACUAAGUAAAUUGAUCACUGUUCACACGGCUUGACUGUCUUCAGUUCAGCACAAAAGUUGGUGUACGAGCACUGCACAUAAAUUUUACUAGCUCAGCAGCCUAGUGUUUAUGGCUGAGUUAUCAGAUUCGGAUUGUUUCUGUCAGUGACGAUGGGGAUUCAGUAUAAUCAGUUCACUCUGAAAACUCAUCGAUGAAGAGCUUGAGACAUUAGCUCUUUCACGAGAGUGACCUGGCCAAAAUGGCAACGUAGUGUAGAUACCACAGUUAUUUACGAUCAUUAAAACUUUGCAUUAAAAACAACGACGUUCCUUAUGAAACACUUUUUGAAUGUGAUGCUUAAAUGCCUGAUAUGAAGACAGCAUUUCCACGUGACACAGGUUUUACAAAGAUGUGAGCAGACUCUAGGGUCACUGGAGAAUCUCCAGCUAACUGAUCUGGCCUGACAGUUGUCAGACACGGGAGAGGGUAGAAAACAGGAAGUAAACAGGAAGUUCACCGAGAACAGCUUUGAAGAGUUCUUGUUCCAGUUUUCAAAAUAACACGCAGGGAUGAAUGAUAGACAGGAUCAAACCCACAAAGUUGUGAGCCUUUUCCUGCUAUGAGAGUUUUGAGAAAAUGAGGUUAAUGUUUUUCUUCAUCUUUUCAGUUCGAAGUUAAAAUGUCUUUAGCCCAUGGCGCUAGGCUAAACUGAGCCACAGCGCUGUGUUGUAGUGGUCACGGCCGGCGGCAGGUUCGUGAGGUUGAAAUAUAAAAAAGCUUUUCAGCUCGAGACAGCUUCAGGGUUUUAGAAAAUCUGAUUAACAAUCUUUUGGCUCGUGCAAACCUUUAAAUGUACGUGUGUAACUGUGGUAAUGUUCAGCCUUUCUAGUCGUGAAAAUAACUGAUAGUUAUUCAGUUUGUUGCACAUAUUAUAGGACUGCACCUUUUGGAGAUGAGUGAUUAUUAUUAUUUUUUUUUCAUGAUUUUGAUGUAUUAGGAUCUAAAUAGGUCAGGUUUUGUGUGUUUUUCACUACUUUCAGGAUGUUAGCAGGCUCUGAGGCCGAUCUCAUGACAAUGCAUACGGCAGUUGAGAUAUUUUGGCCGUAGACCGAAAUGUCAACCUCUCGGUGGCGCUAGAGGAAAAGCCAGAGGGUCUGACUGUUCUGAACUGAAUUAAAUGGAAAUCAUUUAACAUUGUACAGCAGCACCAAAUAUUAUGUUUAAAUUGUGUGCAUUUGCGUGUCAGGAAUUCUGUAGGCUUGUGCUGUUCCUGUAAAAAGUGGCUUUAAGCUUUUGUAGGACACUGCGUUAAUGCUUAAAAAAAAAAAAAAAAAAAACUGUCCAAGAUUUCCCGUUUAAAUCAGCAUAUUAAUGAGUGUUUUAAUCAGUGUAACCAGUGUGUUAAUGUAACCUGUUUGUGAAAAUGUUGUUUUCUGAGUGAUGCACUAAAAGGUUUCAGAUUAGCCUCACAAAGCCAGGCCCCCAAGUGGUGUCAAACAUUGCUCAGACGGACACCUUUCGAAACCCCUUUCGGGACUUGACUGACGACGGCGCCACUGGGCUGCGUGUCAUCUCUGUCUCCGGCUCACACAUGAUCCGCUGGAAUGAGUGUGAGGAAUGAAUCUGAGGGGGAGAAACACAAAUCAUGCAUCUGAAGAAUGACGAUCAAUACCUACAGUCAUCAUCUCGGAGCUGCUCUCUCAGCAGUGGGAUAAAAGUGGUUUGCAGUGGGGUGACUCUGUGCGUCCGAUAGAAAAUUAUCUCCAAAGAAUUUGAAUAUCAGCUGACUGAAAAAUCUCAUUCAGUCAAGCAUGGAAAUGCUUUACAACUCUAGUAUAUAUAUAUAUUUUUUAAAAUAUAUAUUUGUAGUGGUUUUCCGGUCUAAAGUUUUUGCUGCAGGUGGCCCUGUCUAGUCGGCAUCUCCCACCUGACAGACUGAGGUACCGCUGCAGAUUUGCCGCUGCGUUCCCUCAUUAGAGAAAACACAUGAUGGAGGAAAAGAUCGAUGACUGUCGCCUUGUUAAAUAUCAGUUAUAACCUACUGUAGACGUGGCUUUAGAAUGAAGAUACGUGGUCAUGAAUACGCAACGAUACAUUUCUAAAUUUACUAGGGGCUAAAUUUGGUCUAUGCACGAAUUUGAUCUUUCUCCGGUGAAGAUGCACAAGAUCUUGAAAGAUAAUUCCCACAGCAGUCAUUGUUAAAUACGGAUUUCCUAUCUUUUUCUAGGUAACAGAACAUGCAGGAUACUAAUUAUGAUUAAUUUGAAAAAGAAAUAUAUUUUUGUUUUCUUGGAAGAAAAAUCACCUUGGACACUUGGUUUAACUCGUUUUUUCCCCUCUAGUUUCUUCUUACUCUGUAUCUAGGGGGAGACUAUCGCUGGACUCUGCAGGAAAAAGGCUAAAUUAAUGUCGGCCUUUUUGUGUCUCAAACUGGAGACUGGAAUCAAGGUCUUGAUUCGUGUGCUGGUGCAGGGACGUGUUUAGGUCUCGUGUCUCUUGACGUGUAACGGAUCAGGUGUGACCUGGUCAUAAUAAAGCUAAUAAAAGGGGGUAAAAUGACGGAGGCACCUCCCUUUGAAUCACUUUUAUUCCCCUGAGUAUUCAUCCUGAGAGAGAAGCUGGGAGCUCAAAAGUUUUUUCUGGUUUCUUUGAGGUUAAUUUUUAUUGGAUUGACUGAAAGAUGGUUUGUAUUGAAAUAAUCUGAAAUCUUUUAUAUAUUUCAUGUAUGUAUUUUCUGCAUCUGCUGAAAUUAAAUCAUCAGCUAAUGAAAGA